GUUUUGUGUCUGUGAAUUUUAAACCUAUCUGCUAUAUAUAUACAGGGACGAAAAAAGAAAUCAGAUACGGAUCAGGUUCUCUGAAGGGGUUCAUGAGCAACGAUGCGGUCGAGAUAGGCGGGUUACGCAUCAAACAGCAAGCGUUCAUCGAGGCAACUGAAGCUCCGGGUAGACGGAUUUACGAAAGGCCGUGGGAUGGCAUAUUUGGAAUUUCCGGCCUAUCGAAAUCGACCAUCACAGGAGCUCGUCCCAUCUGGAGAACGAUGAUGGAUGAAGGGGUGGUUACAAAGAAAGUGUUCUCGAUAUGGCUUCGACGGUACAGUGAUUCUGGUGAAAACGGUGGAGAAAUAGUCUUUGGAGGUAUAGACCAAGAGCACUUCACCGGAGCUCAUACCUACGUUGAUGCGGAAGGGCCGCAUAACACCUUCAAGAUUAACUCCUUUUUUGUGGGCAAAAUUGACACGAAAGUUUGCUCCAAGGGAUGCAAAGUUCUUGUGGACUCGGGGAGUACAUACAUUCGUGGUCCACCGAAUUUGAUCGUCAAGAUUAAUAAGCAAAUCGGAAUAGCAGCAGACUGCUCUAAUUAUGACAAGCUGUCUGAAGUUAUAAGCUUCACAAUAGCCGCAAAAACUUUUACCCUCACACCACGUGAUUACAUUGAGAGAAAGAAUGGUAAAUGCAAGAGUGUAUUCGCGGAUGCUACGACUGAUUUAUGCAACAUCUCGGCCGAUACGUCUAGGGUUUACCUUGCGUUGAAGGAGAUAAUGGCUGACGUUCUCUCCAACUUGCAUGAUAUCCAAAAGAGUUUGGAGUUUUGGCAAUGUAGAGCUGAGGUGAAUCAAUCAAUCAACACAACAACAAUGUUCCAUGUCUUUUUCGCUUGA